AUGCUUUACUUAAUUUUUGGCAACAACUUUUUCCUCUGGAAAUGUUUUAGAAGACGGAAUAAAUUAAAUUUAUUUUUAUUUAAUUAUUACAAAUUGUUAUUUUUAUUAGAAUGUUUAAAUGCACAAAAACAACAACAAAAUUGUUUUGAAAAACAAUACAAAAAUUUACAAAUUAAUUUUGGUUCUCUACAUAUUAUUAAACGAAUUGGCAUAGUUUCGGCUCCAGAUGCAUUUUAUUUGGCACAUUAUAUAGAUGAAGAUAUUGCUGAAAGGAGGAUUAAAAAUUAUAAAAUUGAGACGGGAGAUGAUAGGAAUUUUUUAAAAAUGUCAAAUGGCGAAAAACAUGUAAUUUAUUCAAGUAAUUCUGCACAUAAUUUGGAAUGGUCACAACCUGAAAUAUUAGUCAACAUAAUUCAUUUAAUUUCAAUUAAUUUAAAUAAAAAUAAAACAAUUCAACAACAACAACAUUCCCCAAUUAUUUUUGUUAAUGCCUGCAAAGCACAAAAUUCAAAGCCAUUUUCAAUUAGCAAUCCUUUUGCGGUUAAUCCAAUGCUUUUAGGAAUUGCUUCUGCUGCUUAUGAAAAUGAAUUGAUUAUUAAUUUUAAAACUUUUGAAAAUGGUCUUUUAUUUUAUUCAAUGGCUAAUCAUGGUGAUCACUUAAUCGUUCAGCUAUCUUUUGGCCGUUUAGAAAUAUAUUUUGAUUUUGGUGCAAAUCAAAGAAAUGUACUUAUUGAAGGAUUGGCUUUAAAUGAUGGAGAAUGGCACGAGAUGCGUUGGUUACAUCAUUUUGAUAGUGUAGAAUUGUUUGUAGAUUCAAUUUUAAUAAAUACAACAGAAAUUGGUGGCCUUUAUCGCAAAUUAGAUUUAAAUUCCGAAAUAGAAAUUGGUGGAAGAAAUGAAGAAUUUGUUGUUGAAAAGAUUAAUGGAUUAAAUAUAGAAAAUGGAUUUCAUGGUUGUUUUGCUAGAAUAAUGCUAAAUAAUGUUGAUUUAUUAUCCUCUGCGCCUGUAGAAUUGAAAGAAUGUAAAAUCCCUCAACCACAACUUUUUUCUCUUGGAUUAUCUACUAGUCUACAAAUUCCAUAUACAUUUCUACCGUUUUCAUUAGAUUUUUAUAUAAUUCCAAAUUCUGGUCCUUUACUUACAAUUUUGGAUAAUGAAAAUUCUAGUCUUUUACAAAUAAAAAUUGAAGAAAAAGAAGAAAUUGAACAAGAAGAAGAAUUGUUACCAAAUUAUAUAAUUAGUAUAAACACCGGAUUUGAAGGAGAUAAACCUAAAAGAAUGCAAACAUUUUUACUCUCAGCUUCUGGUUGUUAUCGUUCUACAACAAUUGACUUAAAUCAAGGAAUAUUAAUUGGAAAUGAAUACAAGCGAGAUGAAUGUUCUUUAAUUCAAAAAUGUUCACCAAAUCCGUGUAUGAAUGGAGGAAAAUGUAUACAAAAUAAUUUUUAUACAUUUAAUUGUAAAUGUUCAAAUAAUUAUAGUGGAAGAUUUUGCCAAAUUUCUAAAUUACCAUCUUCAUGCGAACAAUAUUUUGCUUUAAAUACUUCAAAAAAUAUUGCUAAAAGAAUUAAUAAACAAUUAUUAAUGAUUGACUUGGACGGCGGUGGUUCAUUAAAACCCUUCAAUGUUGAAUGUAAAAAAAUAAAUAAUUUAAAGAAAAAAGGAGAAAAAUCUCAAAAAGAAAAUAUUGAAUACUUUACUAUUUUAAAUAAUGAUGCUCCAAAAACUGGAAUUCAAGUACGGGGUAUUUCUGAGCCUGGUUCUGUUCGUCAUAUUCUCAAUUAUGGAUUAGAUAUGGAUGAAUUGGAUAAUUUUAUUUCGUCGUUUGAACAUUGUGAACAAAAAAUGAGUUUUCAAUGUUCCAACGAUCAACGAUUAAUGACUUAUUCUGGUGAAGAUAAUAAACGCCCAUCUGUUUGGUAUACAACACGUAAUGGACAACAAGGUCUUCAAUGGGGUGAUGCUCCUCCUUUUUCUCGAAUGUGUCCGUGUGCAUUAAAUGAUUCUUGCUUAUUAAACUUUAAAUGUAAUUGUGACAGUGGAGAAGCUUCUUUAGACGAAGGAAUUAAUUCCCAUAUUCAAUUACUUCCAAUUCUUCAAUUAUUUAUUGGAGGGGGAACAAGCAGUCAAUCCUUAGCAAAUGUAAGCAUUGGCCCUUUAGAAUGUUCUGGAAGAUAUAUUUCUGAAACAAUAACAUUUACUGAUAGAAAUCAACGAUUACUUACUUCAUUAAAUUUUAAUAAUGCUAGAACAUUUUAUACUUCAAUUCAGAUUAAAUUAACACAUCCAAGCCUUACUAUAUUUACUUUUACUUCAACAAAUCAAGAACGUUGGUUUCAACUUUCUGUAAGAGAUGGACAUCUUGUUGGACAAAUAGUUAAUGCUGGAUUAAUAAAUGAAAUAAUUAGUGAUGUUCGUGUUGAUGAUAAUCGGUGGCAUUUAAUAUCAUGGGAAAUAGAUGAACAAAAACAAAUUUUACGUGUUGAUUUAAAAGAAAAAAUUUUGAAAGAUUUUUUUAUUUUACCAAAAACUUCAAUUUUAAUUAUUGGUUCGCGUACUUAUAUUCCUGAUCGUUCUGGUUUUGCUGGACAAUUGAAGCAUUUUAUUUUAAAUGGAGAAUCUAUUCGGUUGGGACAAUUGGCAAAAAAAGUUUUGGGAAAUGGAAUUCAAUUAGGUGAAUGGGGGGCUUGUAAUAUCAAAGCAAAUAAUAAUGGAAAAUGUCAAAAUGAAGGAAUUUGUGUUGAAUUAUAUGAUGGAUUUAAAUGUAAUUGUUCUUUAACUCCAUUUGCUGGUGAUACAUGUGAGGAAGAAGUUGGUAUGUGGUUAUCUACUGGUUCAGAAUUACGCAUUGCUUGGCAACAUCCUGGUCAAGUUAAUAAUUGUUUUAGAAUUAAUGUACAAACUUCAAAUAUUAAUAAUAAUGGAAUUAUUAAUUUAAUAAGAGCGAAUGCGUUAUUUGCUGAAUCUCGUUUCAAUUUAAGUAUUGAUAAAGAAGGUCAUUUAAAUGCGUUUAUAUUUGAUGGAUUUUUCUUCACACAAAAUGUAACUUAUGAUAAAAUUAGAAUAACAGAUAAUAAAAACAAAGAUAUUCGUUUUUGUGCAAAUUCAACAGGAUUCUUUUUAAAUAUAAAUGGAGAAAUUGCCUUUUCAUUAUUGGGAAAUUUUACCUUCUUUUCUUUACUUAAUGUUUGGAAUUUUGCUGAUAAACAAAAAUUUAAAGGAUGUAUUUCACGUUUAAUGAUUGGUAAUGCUUUUCCUUUGAAAAAUCCGAAAGAAUCAAGGCUUUUAUAUUCUGGAAAAAUUAAUUUUGGAAGUUGUCCUUUUGAUAAAAUGUAA